GCAGCGCGACCGAUUUUGUGUUGUUAAUCGGCAGGGUUGUUAUUAUAAAAUCGUCUUGCUAAACUGCUACUGCUUUUUAACCCAUUUUAAAACGUCCCAAAUGUAAUUUAAGUUAUGUUCCUUACUAUGCAUAGUGCCGUAUAACAGCAAAUCAUCUGUUCUAAAAGUGAUUUUAUUUUCUUGAAACCGGAAGUCCGGAAAGGGAUCAAAGUAACGGGGGUGACUGACGAUUGCUUCAACUACACCUGUCUGCUUCAUUGAAUGAGGUUUACUAGAACAUUUGUGUCCGUUUUGAUCCCAAAUAUAAUUUAAAACACUGCGCAAACGCUUAAUUGUAUAUAAGUCAUAUAUUUGCACAAAACUGCAGUUUAACGGCGACGAGCUGGCGCAGGUCGUGGGUUGCCCGUGGACCAUGAGGGACAGUGGUAGCAGCCUAGCACAGAACCGCUGGCAGGGAGAGCUGGGCCUAGCUGUGGGCCAGGAAGACAGUGGAGGUGGUGGUGUAGGGAUCUCUGGGGGUCACCUGGGGAUGGACCCCACCUCCACCCACCAGAUGCCUAGCCCCAUGCACCUGAAACUGGACCAGAAAGAAAGGGAGGCCUGGGAUGCUGAGUACAUGGAGGAGUUGGAGCGGGAGGAGAUGGAGGGGGAUGAGGAAGAAGAUGAGGAAGAAGUGGAUUUUGAAGAAGGUGAAGGCUGGGAUGAGGAAGAGCAGGAAGAGGAGGAAGAUGGAGAGGAGGCUGAGGUUGAAUGGGAGGUCCCACACAUGGUUCCCACCACAUCCCUACAAGAGCAGAAUCAUCAUCACCAGCUGCAAGCACCACUGGAGGAUGACGAUGACGACAAUGACGACAACCAGGCCGAAAAUAAAGCCAGGGACUUUCCCAGCAACCCUAUCCAGUCCAGGCUCAAUGUGCUCCGGCAGCGCAGGCUAAGGCGCUGGCGGAAGCUCCGCUCCCAUUCCGGCCUUCGGUCCCGCCUUACUCAGCAUUGGAAGACCUGGCGUCAGCGGGCCCUGUGGGUCGGCACCCUGGGGCACAGGAGGGCGAGGAAGUGGCCCCAGUACAGUCAGUACGCCAACCGGCACAGGAGGGGAGCAGACCCGGGCCUCAGCCCGCUGUCAGACGACGAGAGGCUCAGUGGGUCUGAACGAGAUGACCGGUUGAAUGGUUACUCAGGAGACUACCAGUCCAUCCAGAUGGGAGUUCUGGGGGAACCGGAGGCUUCCUACUCUAUCGUCCGAGAGAAACCUGUGGAGGUCGCCCUCACUGAAGAACACAUGAGCUGCGUGCAUGGGAUCCUGGACGAGUCUCUCCAGAAGUAUGGCAGUCUGAUCCCCAUCCACGCUGACGACGUGGUGGAGAAACUACAGGACAUCUUCAAUGACAACUUCUCACAGCCUCACAGGAAAGCGGUGGUGCAACACCUAAUCCAGUCCUACCAGAGGUCGUCCGGCACGGCCAUGGUGCGAGGGUUCCGCGUCAACUACAAGCGUCAUGUCCUCACCAUGGAUGAUCUCAGCACGCUGUACGGACAGAACUGGCUCAAUGACCAGGUCAUGAACAUGUAUGGUGACCUUGUGAUGGACUCGGUGCCCGAGAAGGUUCACUUCUUCAACAGUUUCUUUUACGACAAGUUGAGGACGAAAGGCUACGAUGGAGUCAAACGAUGGACAAAGAACGUGGACAUAUUCCAGAAGGACCUGCUGUUGAUCCCCAUCCACCUGGAGGUCCACUGGUCCCUGGUCAGUGUGGACAUCCCCCGUAGGGCCAUCACCUACUUCGAUUCCCAACGCACACUUAACCGACGCUGCCCAAAGCAUAUUGCAAAGUACCUGCAGGCGGAGGCUGUCAAGAAAGACCAGAGAGAUUUCCUCACAGGGUGGAAAGGCUAUUUCAAAAUGAAUGUUGGUCGCCAGAACAAUGACAGUGACUGCGGAGCGUUCGUUCUUCAGUACUGCAAGACUCUGGCCCUGGGGCAGCCGUUCAGCUUCGGCCAGCAGGAUAUGCCCAAACUGAGAAGACUCAUGUACAAAGAACUGUGUCACUGCAAGCUCUCGCUGUGACGCCACGCCCUCUGAGGAUUCUUAGUGAAGAAGCGGCAGAUUCUAACGAGGAAGUGAGGGAUGGUUCUAACAAGCUAUGGUUAAGCUAGUGACUGAAAGAAAGGAAAAAAGUGUUACAUUUCAAAGGAACAUUUUUCUCUUCACAACGACAUCCAGAGACUUUACUACUUACUUUAAGUCAGGAGGGCAUUUUAUAUUUUCUCCCCAUGGGUUUUCUGCCCUCUUUCUGUUUUUCUCCCUUGACCCCCCCCCCCCCCCCCCCCCUAGUUUUUAAUUUCCAUGUCCAUGGUUGUUUCCUUGUGGUUGACAGAGGCCAAGUCUAAGAGUGUGUCCUAAAUGGCUCAAUGUUCCCUAUGUAGUGUACUACUUUUGACCCUAGCCUUAUGGGCCUUGAUCAGAUGCAGUACAAGGUAUAGGUAAUAGGGUUCAUUUUGGGAUGUAAACCAUGUCUGCUAAUCUGACAGUGCAACUGUAUUUUAAAUUUUUUUUAAGCCAUUUUAUUUGGACUUGGGAGACUCUCUCUCUUUCUCUCAACAGAUUUAUCACCUUAUCGACGCAGGAGCCCCCCAAACAGACAAGAUUGGAGUGGAAACAAGUGGUUAUUCUAGCUUCUUUACUUAAGUUCUUGUUUUUUGUUCCUCCCUCUCGUCAGUAAAAAAAUAAAUAAACAUGUUGCUAAUGCUUAUUGUUCAUGGUGUUUUGAGGGCAGUGAUGAUUUAUGUUUCUUAUUUUGAUUCAAAUAAAAACUAUCUGACUAGUU